CAAAGAGGCAGAGGAGUACCUGGUGAAGAAGAGCCUUCCCACAGCCACCAUGUUCCCUGCAAGGACAGUCCUGCUGCUCGUGGUGCUCCUCACCCUCUCCCCACGCUCCAGUGCAGCCCCUUACUCUCCAUCCGAGUGCUGCUUCCAGUACGUAAAAGCUGCUCUCCGGCUGGCACACCUGAAGGAUUUCUACUCAACCUCCAGGGAGUGUUUUUUACCAGCAAUUGUGUUUAAGACCAAGAACGGGACCAAGAUCUGUGCAAACCCAGAGGAGCCCUGGGUGCAGAGAGCAGUUGGGAAGCUUCAAAAGAGGAAAGGACUUCGUGCCCCGUGAUGUAGAGUGGGUGCCCUGGUUCAGGCUAUCCAACAUCCUGGCGGGAAGGAAGGUCUGGAACCACCCUGCUGGAAGGGAAUGUGGAGGUUCCAGCUGAUGGAGAGGGGGGGCACUGACUCCCCAGAGCCCUGAGCCGUGUCCACCAGCUGGGCACCAGCCCCUGGAAUGCUGCUGGCCAUGCCAGCACACCUGCCUGCUGAUCAC